GAGUGGGAACUCAACCACUGAAGACAUCGCAUUCAUUGGAAAGACUGACAUUAUUUGGGCAUUCCUUAGUUAGGUCCCACUAGCCUCAGGUAGUCUCUCCCUGGUCUGCAGCAGUGAGCCUGAGAGGAAACAUUGUGGCUGUGGUCUGCUGUUCAGUGUUGCUUAGCAAGCUAUAGCUGGCACCAUGGCGUUGCCGUUCAAGAAGGACCUGGACAAGUACAAGGAUCUCGAUGAAGAUGAAAUCCUCAACAAACUGUCGGCAGAGGAGCUCAAACAGCUGGAGACAGCCCUCGAGGAGAUGGACCCCGAGAAUGCUCUCCUACCAGCGGGUUUACGUCAGAAAGACCAGACAACAAAGCAAGCAACAGGAACAUUCAACAGGGAAAGCCUUCUCAAAUACCUGGAGAAGGAAGCCAUGGAGUACAAGGACAGAGAGGAUGUAGUGCCCUACACCGGGGAGAAAAAAGGUAAAGUAUUUGUUCCUAAGCAGAAACCAAUAGACACACGCCAGGAGGAAGUCACAACCCUGGAUCCAGAAUUAGAGGAAGCCCUGUCCAGCGCUACAGAUACAGAACUGUGUGAUCUAGCAGCGAUCCUGGGUGUUCACACUCUGGUCACCAGUAGUCAGACAUACGAUGGAACUGCGUCUAAAGAGGGUUACAACAAUGUGAUCAAAGGGGAGAAGAUGAAACCAGUGUUUGAUGAGCCUCCUAAUCCCACCAAUGUAGAAGAAACUCUGCAGAGGAUAAAAAGCAAUGACAGCUCCUUAACAGAGGUCAACCUCAACAACAUAAAGAACAUCCCGAUUCCCACACUGAAGGACUUUGCCAAAGCCAUGGAGAAGAACUCAAUUGUCAAGAAGUUCAGCCUGGCAGCGACACGGAGUAACGACCCAAUAGCUGUGGCGUUCAGUGACAUGCUGAGAGAGAACAAGACUUUGCGAAGUUUGAACCUGGAGUCCAACUUCAUCACCGGGGCAGGAGUGCAGGCUUUGGUUGAUGCAUUGCGAGACAACGACACACUCACAGAGAUCAAGAUAGACAACCAGAGGCAGCAGCUGGGCACUAACGUAGAGAUGGAGAUAGCUAAAAUGUUGGAAGAGAACAACAGCAUAGUGAAGUUUGGCUACCACUUCACCCAGCAAGGACCUCGCUCCAGAGCUGCUGCAGCUAUCACCAAGAACAACGAUCUUGUCCGCAAGAAGCGAGUGGAUGGGGACCUGUAGGGACGGAGCCCGACCUGUCUCCCAGCGAAUCCUGUCUUUUCAUCUCACCAUGUGGAAUAAUUUCAGCCAAUGCCCUGGUCUCAUCUCACUGUGUGGAAACUUAAGUCUUGUGCCAAACCAUGGGGCAAGGCGCGCUCAACCAGAACAUACGUCUGAGAAGAAGGGAAAUAACUGGAAUUGCCCUCACCCCAUUUACAUGUUCAUACUUAUGUUUAUUAUUAUGUUGUUAUUGAAGGUGUAAAUCUGAUUAGUUUUUAGUCAUUUCAUUUCAGCUGCUCCUUUUUUUUUUAUUUUUUUUUUUUUUUUAGCCCUUAUAUGAUCUGUCCGGACUUUUUACUUGCUUUUUUCCCCCUUUUAUACUUCGCUAUAAUCAAGUGAAAUAAACACGAACAUUACCAUGUAACAGCUUUGUACAAUAACUAACAUUAGGAAAGUCCUGUAUCUUCUACCAUGAUAGUUUGAGGUUUAAGCUCCCAGAGGAUUACCUGUGUUGAACCAGCAAAAUUUGUCAUUAGAGUGAUAGCACUGAAGUUAAUGCUUGCAUGUAUUCAGUGUUGUAAUCAAGGCCACCUAAAGUGAUGUCAAGUCAUGACCAAGACAAGAGUGUAUCCAUACUGAGACCAAGUGUGCACACGAGAUAAAAUGUGGAACAUGCAAACCUCAGGCACUCCUCAAACUGAUCUGAAACAUCCACAUUCCUGUAAAAAAACAUAAAACAAAUAAAGAUUCCUCUUCAUUUACCUCCA